AUGAGGAACAACCAAUCAUGGGUCACAGAAUUCAUCUUGGUGGGAUUCCAGCUGAGUGCAGACAUGGGCCUGCUCCUCUUCUGGAUCUUCUCCCUGUUCUACGUCCUCAGUCUGCUGGCAAAUGGGAUGAUCCUGGGCCUCAUUUGGCUGGACCAAAGACUGCACACCCCCAUGUACUUCUUCCUCUCACAGUUGGCCAUCAUUGACAUGUCCUUUGCUUGUAACAAUGUCCCCAAGAUGCUAGGGAACCUAGUGAAGCAAGAAAAAACGAUUUUCUUUGGUCCAUGUAUUUUCCAGAUGUUUCUGUAUUUGACAUGUGCUGCUGCAGAUUGCCUGAUCUUGGUGGCCAUGUCCUAUGACAGGUAUGUGGCCAUCUGCCACCCACUCCAGUACACCGUCAUCAUGAACUGGAGAGUGUGUGCUUUCCUGGCCAUUGCCUCCUGGACAGGUGGGUUCUUGCUGACCUUACUACAGGUGGUUCUUCUUCUCAGGCUUCCCUUCUGUGGUCCCCAAGUAGUGAACCACAUCUUCUGUGAAAUCCUCUCUGUUCUCAAGCUGGCCUGUGCUGACACCUGGAUCAAUGAAAUAGGCAUGCUUGCUUCAGGUGCAUUUGUCAUGGUUGGACCCCUCUCUUUGAUGCUGGUCUCCUACACACGGAUCCUCUGGGUCAUCCUGAAGAUGCAGUCUGGGGAGGGCUGCAGAAAGGCCUUCUCCACUUGCUCCUCCCACCUCUGUGUGGUCGGGCUCUACUUUGGCAUAGGUAUGGUCUUUUACCUGGUCCCAGGUGGCACUCAACGUGAAGAGCAGCAGAAAACCCUUUCUUUGUUUUAUGGUCUUUUCAACCCAUUACUGAACCCCUUCAUCUACAGUCUGAGGAACACGCAGGUCAAGAGUGCCUUCUAUAGAGUACUGCAGAAGAAGAGGUCCUUGUGA